AUGUUUGUAAACAUAGCACUGAACGGGGGCAUAGCGGCCUUCACUCCGUCGAACUCAACCACACAAUCGCCGAGUCUCGCGCCCACGUCUGGAUUCGACGACGCGAAGGACGACGAGCUCGCCUACAAGGAAGCAUUGGAGUGGCUAGACAGCUUACCACUCCAAACGUGGAGUAUAGGAGGUGUAUGUAGCGAUCUGAGGUACGUAUCCUUGUUCAAUGGAGAUGCAGAGAGCCAGACGGGCCGUCCCAUGGCAAGUUUUUCUCCUCAAGGCGUCGCUAUGUAUGAUACGCCUCAGUACGAACAAUACUACUGCGGCAUGAACAUCGCAUCCCCUUGUCCUGCGCUCUCGACCCCGGAGUCUGGCUUGGGCUCACCGGCUGGUGUUGCCAGCGUCAGCCUGAGUACGCCAGAAUCCGUAUACUCUAUCCCCUACUUCGCCCCAGGGGAGGCUCCUUGUCAUUCCAUACGGUCGUUCUCGCCCGCCACAAUCCCCUGGGGCCCGUCCACCGCGAUUGUGACAGGCGCGUCCUCGGGGUGUGACGUCACGCGUUAUACCCACGCCACGACGCGUCUCGCGGUUCCCUCCAGGAUCUCUCCCUUCCCUGCUGUUCCUGCCCAAGCCCAGCAGUAUGGCCUCCAGCUAGCGCUACACCAACAAGAACAUCGUCACCAUGCUCAUGCGCACGGCUCAGGAACGCUGUCAUUCUCUAAAUUGAGGGCUGGAGCCCCCUACGAGUCCCGCCGCCGUGCUUUCCCCGACGCCUCCAAGUCGGACCACCAGGCCAAUGGAACGAGUGAUAAUGUCAAGCUCGAGGGACAAGGCAGCACGAUUCAGCUGUGCUCCCCCCCGCGACCCCCGAUCACACAAAGCGUUCCGUGUCCGAUCUGUUCCAAACUUUACAACCGCGAGCUGGACAUGGUCCGGCACCUCAAGUCCGUCCACAAAAAGGUUACAAGGUACAUCUGCUGGGGCGUGUCUAUGAGCGAUGCACACAAGUACAACAUCCACGGCAACGCCAGGCAUUUCGAGUGCCGAGGUGUUGUCAUGAUCGGAGGGUGCGGCGGCACCUUCUGUCGCAAGGAUGUCUACAUGAGGCAUCUGAACAGGUCGAGAGGGAGAUGCGUUGGCGAUCCGAGGGCCCCAUACCACCCCGGGAAUGCCGAGGAGACCCAAGGACAACCACGGACUCGGAAGCAACCCGUAAAGCGGGUCCGUAAACAGCAUGGGCUGCGGGCUGCGUCUGCUUAG